AUGGCCUCCCUUCAAAGUCAGUUCCUGAUGGAUCCUGCUGUUUCAAACAAGAAUGCCAAUAUUUACGUUGAUCAUAAGCGCAUCUUCCCAGUUUACGACAACGGUGACUUUAAAGUCACAGACACUGGCAUUGAAGCUUUUGUGGUAAUACCUGCUAUCGGUGCAACAAUAAUGUUCGCUGGGAUGGAUUUCAGUGUUGACCUCCCUUGGAGUAAAUUCCAUGGCAACACUGAGGGACAGUGCGGAACAUGUGACAACAAUAGGACGGAUGAUUGCCUCUUGCCCAAUGGAAAAAUUGAUCCAUCUUGCCCAGAUAUGGCCCACCAUUGGAGGGUUAAUGACUGCCCAGUACCCCCAACCCCACCCCCAUCUCCCAAAUGUCCACCGGAAACUUCAGCCAUCUGUGAAAUCAUUGCAAGCGAGGUCUUUGCACAGUGCCAUGAAGUCAUCGCCUAUGAAGUAUUUAUUGAGGGAUGCGAGUUUGACAUAUGUUAUACAAAGGACAUCACUAUUGGUUGUGCCAGCCUUAAGUCUUAUGCUCAACUGUGUGCUUCGAAUGGCAUUUGCAUUGACUGGAGAGCUGCCACAAAUGGCGUGUGUGAUUUCAAUUGCGAUGCACCCCUGGUCUAUCAGGCUUGUGGUCCAGAAGUUCCACCAACUUGUGAUAGAAGUUACAAUUACAGAUUCAUUGAAGAAAAAAAUGAAUUCAAUGCUAUGACAUCAUUGUCAGUGGAAGGAUGCUUUUGUCCAAAUGGAACUACUUUGUUGAGCUCUGAUAUUCAGAAAUGUGUCAAUCCCUGUGUGCCAUUUUGCCGACUAGCAAAUGGAGUGGUGAAAGAGGUUGGCUCAACUUGGAUCGACGGCUGUAAGAAAUGCACAUGUGAUGAAGAACAUGGAGAGUCUAUUGGAAGAGUCUAUUGCGAUCCUUUGCCAUGCCCAACUGAGCAGCCAGUCAUCUGUGAUCAGCCUGGCCAGAUUAAAGUGACUGAAACAGCAGGAUGCUGUGAAAUAGGCAAAUGUGCAUGUAAUGUCACCACAUGUCCAACCCGCUCCUGUCCAGUUGGCUAUAUUCAAGAGACUGAAAUGGGGGCGUGUUGCCCUAAGUGUGUUCCUAAACCUGUUUGUGUAUUCAACAACACGGAAUACUCGCCAGGCAGCAGUGUGCCUAUGAGACAGUGUGAAACCUGUGUGUGUAGUAACAAACUGGAAACUGAUGGCUUACUUCACAGGGUUGAAUGUGAGCCUAUUACAUGUAACACUUCCUGUCCACCGUGCUUCGAGCUACAGGACGCCACAGAGGGACAAUGCUGUAGAAAGUGUGUGCAGAUCGGUUGUCCGGUUGGGUAUUCGGGAAACCUCACACAAUGUAUUCCUGUCAAUGGUAUCUGGAGUCCACCUGGGAAUAAGUGUGAUAAGUAUGAGUGUGUGAAGAUCGGGAGCAGCUUCAUCACUAUGGAGGCCAGGACUCUCUGUCCUUCCUACAACCCCAGUGACUGCAUUCCUGGCACAGAGGUCAUGGCACCUGAUGGUUGCUGCCAUUUGUGUGUGAGAAAAUGCAACCGGACAACAGAAUCUACACACCUGCAGCAUAAUGGCUGCACAUCCUCCCAGAAGGUUGAAUUGACGACUUGUCAAGGUCUUUGUCCAACAUACUCCUGGUUUUCCCAGAGUACAAGCAUGUUUCAGCGCUCCUGCUCCUGUUGCCAGGAGGUUAGCACCAGCAAAAGAGAGGUGGAGAUGGUCUGCCCUGAUGGCUCAAAGUUCAAUUAUUCAUAUGACUACAUUGAGCAGUGUGGCUGUCUUCAGUCAACAUGCACCACCAUGGAAAAAACACUGACUAAAAAGCUUAGAAGAAGACGUUAAUGAGUUAGCGCAUCUUUGCACCUCUUACUACAAAUCACCUUAUCUAUUUAUGUCACAAACGUAGUGUAAUCAGCAGUUCCAAAAUUGUAUUUUAAUAAACAUUAGUAUGCAUCCAUGAUCAUGUCUUGACGUUAUUAUUCAUCAUAAGUCCUGCUCCAUUUGAUCAUUUUGCAUGUAACAGUCAUGAUGAAUUUAUUUGUACUCACUUGUAAUGCACUGAUAAAAAGAAAUUGCAGUUCUGUAGUACAACCACUACAGAAUUACACAUAACCAUUGAAUGCCUGACCCAGCUAAACUAGAUCUGGAC